UCGCAUUCUAACGGGGUCUAUGGUUCCGCAAUGAUGAUGCGCAGGAGUGCGACGGUAAAGCAUGACGUCAUUCUCCUGAGCGGAAGAGGAAAGUUGUGUGGCGUAAACACGUGUGUGCGGAGGAGAGUUGACCAUGUCUGAGUUAGAUCGUGUCAUAAAACCGAAGACAAGGAGAGCGAAGAGAUUCCUUCAGACCAGGGAAUCUAAGCUCACUGAGAAUGACAAAAGUGUUAUGCUUAUUAAAGGGGGGAAUGCCAACAUGACAGUGACACAAGCACUCAAAGAUCUGCAAUCCCUGAAAAAACCAAACUGUUUGAUGUAUAAAAGGAAAAAUAUGACAAGGCCCUUUGAAGAUCAGACAUCCGUGGAAUUUUUUUCAAAGAAAUGUGACUGCUCCUUAUUUGUAUUUGGGUCUCAUAAUAAGAAACGCCCAAACAAUCUGAUUUUUGGCCGUAUGUUUGACUUUCAUGUGUUGGAUAUGAUUGAGCUAGGCAUGGAGAAGUUUGUGUCCUUACAAGAUGUUAAGUCUUCCAAGUGUCCUGAGGGAACUAAGCCUCUGUUGAUAUUUGCUGGUGAUGCUUUUGAAUUAAAUGAAGAUUAUCGGCGACUGAAAAGCCUGCUAAUAGAUUUCUUUAGAGGACCAGUGGUGCCUGCUGUCAGACUUGCAGGACUGGAGCAUGUCUUGCAUUUCACAGCAGUGGACGGGAAGAUUUUAAUGCGUAGUUACAAGGUACUCUUAAAGAAGUCUGGGUGCAGGACACCCAGAAUAGAGCUGGAAGAGAUGGGGCCUUCUUUUGAUUUUGUGAUAAGAAGGACACAUCUUGCAUCUGAUGACCUAUACAAACUGGCUCUGAAACGCCCUAAAGCUCUUCAGGCAAGGAAAAAGAAGAACAUAUCUCAUGACACAUUUGGUACACAGUAUGGCAGAAUUCAUAUGCAGAAACAGGAUCUGGGUAAGCUACAAACUCGUAAAGUUAAGGCACUAAAAAAGACACCAGCUAAGAGAAGGUCAGCAGAAGAUGAAGAAAGCAGCCCAAAGAGAAGCAAGAGUGAAUGACACAUUGGACUUAAGCCAUAAUGCUUACUAUUUUUUGGGACUUUUUGACUGGAGUACAGUCUUCAGUGCAGCGUUCACCGUCAAGGCAGACUAUAGUGUAUGUUUUUAUGGCAUGGGCUCUGUGCUCUGUUCAAUAUAUAUAUAUAUUUUUUUUCCUGUAAGGGCACUUUUUUACGUAUAUGUAAUAUGCAUUUAACAGCACAACAAUUCUCAUCUCAUGAUUGGCUUAGUAAAUGCUUGUCUUGGGAGUAGGCUGCAGAGAUGAGCAACAGGGGAUCAAGAAAAGAAAACCCAUAGCUGCAGCAUUACCAAACAUAGCAGUAGAGUAUAGUUGUGUAGGGUGUUUGUUUUAUUUUCUAAGUGACUGUUCACAAUCAUCCAGUGUCUAAGUUUAGACUCCAGAUGAUUGGACUCGCCGGACCGGCACAGACAGGGGAACGCAUCUUGCUGCGUUCCCCUGUCCAUGCUGCAUAUACCUGUCAGGCAACUGAUGGUUUUGACUGAUGACAAUCAAGAAUCGGUUGUGCCAUCAGUUGUGAACAGUUUAUGUAAAAAAAUAAAACUGAGCCUGACACAACUGACAUGUGUAAACCUAGCCUAAGACCUGGAAUACCCCUUUCAAUAUGUGUUGAGAAAUUGUGCCUUCUUCUUUAUACAAACAAAAUGUUCUGUUGUGCAUAGUUCAAAUAAAUCUGUCUGAGCCCUGCAUAGUUUUUCUCCCAUAAAUACAUAUAUAAAUAAAUAUAUUUCUAAACUUA